CGUCGCUUCAACAAGCAAGCAACCGUUGCAAAGUUUUUUCCAUUUUGUUAGGUCAGUGCUUUAAGAGUGUGUAUAUCUUCGAGUCCGUGAAAGGCGGAAUUGCAUUGUUUUCUGAUCAUUCGCACCAAAUCUCCUGGCCAUUGAAAGUUGCGCGGCAGAAAAGACAAGCAAACACGACGAAACGAGCCUAUCUGCGGUUGCCCGAGUCGUUCUUCACUACCUGCGACCUACCGAGCGAGCACUUCACUGUCCAGUGACCUCACUUUGCACUGCCGAAGGGAGCCGGAAUAUUCCACAAUUGGCCGAGUCUACACGAAGCAGUCGAGUGAUAUCCUGUACAGAAACCAAGGAUCCGAUCAGCGACCGUUAUCUAUACCCGGGUCUUCAGGAAUAGAGCUUGUGUAUACGUGACUAGAGCUUCAAGAGGUGGAAUAUCCGAAACCGCCUUCUCCAUCUGCAAGAAGCCGUCUGUUAUCAAUCCGCCGAGACGAUUCAAUACAACCCAGUGGGCUUGCUCCAUCCCGCAGCAAUCGUAUUCGUGCAACAACAUCAACCUAACAAACAACACCAAGCACCACCAUGUCCGAACAACCCCUUCUUCAAAGCGCCCCUGGCAAACGCAUUGCCCUUCCUACGCGCGUCGAGCCAAAGGUCUUCUUCGCCAAUGAGCGCACCUUCCUCUCAUGGCUCAACUUCACCGUCAUCCUGGGCGGUCUGGCCGUCGGCCUCCUCAACUUUGGCGACAAGGUCGGCCGCAUAUCUGCUGGGCUGUUCACACUUGUCGCCAUGGCGGCCAUGAUAUAUGCGCUGUCCACCUUCCACUGGCGAGCAAAGAGUAUCCGGAUCCGAGGCCAAGGCGGUUUCGAUGACAGAAUCGGACCCACCGUGCUGGCGCUGGCCCUGUUGGCAGCGGUUGUGGUAAAUUUCGUUCUUAGACUGGUCGAAGCAUGAGCUGUUCAUUCUCGGAAGGCUGGAGAGGAGCGGUACCACUUCGAAUGGGAAAAUUGAACUGGAGUUGUCGGAACAGCAGAAAGCUUGGUUGUGAGAGAAGAGCUGAUAUCAGCUCGUUAAUGACAGAACUAGCCAAUUUCGAUUGUGCAUCCGGGAAAGCACGGCUAGGUACAUAGGAGGUACUCUUUAGGUAUCAUUCAUAAUAGCACAUUGUAAAGCUGCUU